AUGCUCAAAGCAGCAUUCCUGGGCCUCGUGCCCGUCGUCCUUGCCCUUCCGGCCGCCGCGCCCGUCGCAGAACCCACCGUCUACCGAGCUGUAGCCGUCAAGGCGCCCGAACCUACCGAGGUGGUGGUUCUUGAACAACGCGACAUCAUCGACUCUGUCGAGAGCUACGUCGACGGCCUUGUGACCCGUGUUGAGAGUAAGGUCUCAAAAUGGGUCAACUCUGGAAUCCUUGACUAUCCGAAUGGCUUCCCUACUGGUGAUGCGGUGAAGGAGUCGCUGGGUAUCUCGGACGAUGACGAUGAACUGGCCGCGCAGCCAACUCAGGUCCUAAACCUCCCCCCCUAUGCCAAUUGGACGAACGAUGGGUGGAAUGUGCGAGUUCACGGCAACGUCUACAAGAUCCCGGACAUCGAUCAGGACAAGAUUGACGAUCUCGCCAAUGUCUUUCUCAUUGACACGGAUGUCGAUGAGCUCUCACCGUCGCAGCAAGCGCAGGCUCGAAAUGUGACCAAGUCCAUCUUUGUGGUGCAGCAGGGCGAUGUGAGCGUCACGAUGAACUUUGUGAACAACGUUGGUGUUGAUCCGGAUGAGAGCGGUGGUGCCAUCAACGCGAAAGGCGGUGCUCAAAAGAUCAAGUUGCCAUACAACACCACGCGUGAAGGCGACUUUGAUGUCUUUGUCAAGCUACGAAACACCACGGGGCCAAACGACGGGUACUUGAUCCCAGGCAACGAGACAUCGCGAAUCCAGACCUUGAAUCUGUACGCGGAGGGCAAGAACAACAGUGGCAAUGCCACAGCAUAUCUGGUUCCGCCCAAGGGCAUGACCAUCGUGUCAGAUAUCGACGAUAUCCUUCGUGUGACCAAGAUCUACGAACCCAAGGAGGGUCUCCUCAACACCUUUGCUCGACCAUUCGUCUCGUGGAUGAACAUGCCAGAUAUCUAUGCCAACUGGUCCUCGUCCAUCAACGACCUUCACUUUCACUACCUCACGACGACUCCCGAGCAGGCGACGCGCAACUACAUGAGCUUCAUCUACAAUACGUACCCGCUCGGUUCGUUCGAUACUCGCCCGCUCAACUUUUCCGACCUGUCGGCAACGCUCUCGAUCCGCCGGUUCCUCCUCGACAAGGUCUUCCAGACGUUCCCCGACCGCAAGUUCAUUCUCGUCGCCGACACGACAAAUUCGGAUGUCAUGAAGGCGUAUCCUGCGUUGUACAAGGACUACCCGGGACAGGUGCAGUGCAUCUUUCUGCGCAACACCAGCGCGACCGACGACGGGAACAAGUUUCCGUAUAACACGGAGGGCUUCAAGGGUAUUCCUCAGGAGCGCUACAUGUUCUUCCGCGUACCGGAUGACCUUUCGCAUCUGGACAUUGCCAAUGGACAAUGCUACAACAGCUCCAUAAAGCAGAACGUGACGUUUAGCUACCAGGGCCUACCGUUUGGACUGAGCGACGACGACAACGCAGCUGCGAUGGGUGCUAGUCCGAGGAUCGGCAUGGUUCUCGCGGGAUUGGCUGCUGCUGUUCUGGCGGUGAUGGUGUAG